GGCCGAGGCCGCCGCCGCCGCCAUCGCGCCCGGAACACGUGGGCCCUGCCGCCGUCACGUGACACCGGCGGGGGCGGGGCGCGCCUCACGUGAGCGGAGCGGCGAUCGGUACAUGGGCGGGGCUGAUGUGAGGCCACCUCCCCGCCCGCAGAGGCCCCGCCCCAUGGCUCGUCACUCAUUGCUCGGUCCCGCCCCCCGCAUAGGCCCCUCCCUUUUGCCCGUCAUUCAUUGUCCGGUCCCGCCCUCUCCCGGUUUCGGCCCCUCCCCCGCAGCCCACCGGGACCCCCUGGGUCACCGCCCGGUCCCAGGGGUCACACUGGGGGUCACACCGGGGGUCACGGCCCCGCUCCCGGGGCUCACACCGGAGGUCACACCGGGGUCACGGCCCCCGCCGUCCGUGGGGGUCCCGGGGCGACGCCUCCGCGGCGCUUCCGCCGCCCCCGGCGCUUCCCGCGGGUCCCGAGGCGGCGGCGCCGGGCGGGGCGGGAGGGGAACCGGGGCGCGGGGACGGUUCGGGCUCGGGGUCCGUUCGGGUGCGACCCCCGAAGCGCAGCCAUGAGCCCCAAGAGCUGCCUGGGCUGCACCAAGUGCUUCCUCUUCCUUCUCAACCUCUUCUUCUUCUUCCUGGGCAUCCUCCUCCUCGCCUUCAGCUUCUGGGUGCUGUUCGACCGGCAGAGCUUCGCCGCCGUGCUGGGGUCGCCGCUGCUAAGCCUGAGGCUCUGCUCCUACGGCUUCUCGGGGGUCGGCAUGGCCACCAUGCUCCUGGGCUUCCUGGGCUGCCUGGGGGCCCUCAAGGAGGUCAAGGCCAUGCUGGGGCUGUAUUUCGGGCUGCUGCUGCUGCUCCUCGCUGCCCAGAUCACCGUGGCCAUCAUCGUCUACACGCAGCGCGCCGCUCUGGCUGCCAAGGUGGCCGCCUACGCCGAGGAGCUGAUCCGCAGCUACCCAGCCCAGGGACCACCUGGGGACCCCCACGAGAGCUGGGACGCUGUCCAGCAGCAGCUCGGCUGCUGUGGCUGGAAGGGACCCCAGGACUGGGAGCAGCACGAUGGGGACGGGGACGGGGACAGAGCCAUCGCCUGCUCCUGCCUCAGGGCACCCAACAGCACCCACGGGAGCCCGGGGGUGCUGCCCCAUGGCCGCUGCCCCACGGCCGCCCCCCAGGACACUUUCCCCACGGGCUGCAAGGAGACAGUCCAGAGCUGGCUGGCCGGAAACCUGGUCACCAUCGUGGGGGCUUGCGUCGGCAUCGGCCUGGGGGAGCUCUCCCUGCUGAUGCUGUCGAUGUUCCUGCUCCGGAACCUGGACUCUCGCUACGAGAAGCUGCUGCGGGGGCUCUGAGGGGGCCGGGGUGGUGCGGGGGGGAAGCGCGGAGGGCUUUGAGCUUCAAUAAAAGCUGUUGGGAAGCAGCGGAACCGGGACGGGACCGGGAGCGCGCGGAGCAGCAG